AUGCCAUGUGCACAGAGGAGCUGGCUAGCAAAGCUCUCCGUGGUGGCUCAGCUCCUAAACUUGGGGGCCCUUUGCUAUGGGAGACAACCUCAGCCGGGCCCUGUGCUCUUCCCGGACAGGAGGCAAGAGCAUUUUGUCAAGGCCCUGCCAGAAUACCACGUGGUGGCUCCUGUCCGAGUCGACGCGAGCGGACAUUUUCUAUCUUAUGGCUUGCACCAUCCUGUCACCAGCAGCAGGAAGAAGAGAGAUUUGGAUGGCCCAGAGGACCGGGUGUACUACAGAAUUUCCCAUGAGGAGAAGGACCUGUUUUUUAACUUGACGGUCAAUCAGGGAUUACUUUCCAAAAGCUACAUCGUGGAGAGGAGAUAUGGGAACCUCUCCCAUGUGAAGAUGGAGGCUUCCUCGGGUCCCCCCUGCCAUCUCAGGGGCACAGUUCUGCAGCAAGGCACCAGGGUUGGGACUGCAGCCCUCAGUGCCUGCCAUGGACUGACUGGAUUUUUCCAUCUGCCACAUGGAGACUUUUUCAUUGAGCCUGUCAAAAAUCAUCUGCUGGCUGAGGGAGUGUACCACCCACAUGUCAUGUACAGGAGGCAGAGGCCGGGCGUCCCAGAGAUGAAGGAGCCAACCUGCGGAUUAAAGGACAGUCUUGGCACCUCCCAGAAGCAAGAGCUACAGCGAGAGAAGUGGGAGAGGAGCAAGCUGCCAGGCAGAAGCCUCUCUCGGCGUUCCAUCAGCAAGGAGAGGUGGGUGGAGACCCUGGUGGUGGCCGACACGAAGAUGAUUGAGUACCAUGGGAGCGAGAAUGUGGAGUCCUAUAUCCUCACCAUCAUGAACAUGGUCACCGGGUUGUUCCAUAACCCAAGCAUUGGCAAUGCAAUUCACAUCGUUGUGGUUCGGCUCAUUCUACUUGAAGAAGAAGAGCAAGGAUUGAAAAUAGUUCACCAUGCAGAGAAGACACUGUCCAGCUUCUGUAAGUGGCAGAAGAGCAUCAAUCCCAAGAGUGACCUCAACCCUGCCCAUCAUGAUGUGGCCGUCCUUCUCACCAGAAAAGACAUCUGUGCUGGUGUCAAUCGCCCCUGUGAGACUCUGGGUCUGUCCCACCUGUCGGGAAUGUGCCAGCCUCACCGGAGUUGUAACAUCAAUGAAGAUUCUGGACUCCCCUUGGCUUUCACAAUUGCCCAUGAGCUUGGACACAGCUUCGGCAUCCAGCAUGACGGGAAGGAAAAUGACUGUGAGCCUGUGGGCAGGCACCCGUCCAUCAUGUCCCGCCAGCUCCAGUACAAUCCCACCCCACUGACGUGGUCCAAGUGCAGUAAGGAGUACAUCACCCGCUUCCUGGACCGAGGCUGGGGGUUCUGUCUUGAUGACAACCCCAAAAAGAAAGGCUUGAAGUCCAACGUCAUUGCCCCUGGAGUGAUCUAUGAUGUUCACCACCAAUGCCAGCUGCAGUAUGGCCCCAAUGCUACCUUCUGCCAGGAAGUAGAAAAUGUUUGCCAGACACUGUGGUGCUCUGUGAAAGGCUUUUGUCGCUCCAAGCUGGACGCUGCUGCAGACGGGACGCGAUGUGGUGAGAAGAAGUGGUGUAUGGCUGGCAAGUGUAUCACAGUGGGCAAGAAACCAGAGAGUAUUCCCGGAGGCUGGGGCCGCUGGUCACCCUGGUCCCACUGUUCCAGGACCUGUGGAGCUGGAGCCCAGAGUGCAGAGAGGCUCUGCAACAACCCUGAACCAAAGUUUGGAGGGAAGUACUGCACUGGAGAAAGAAAACGCUAUCGCUUGUGCAACAUUCACCCCUGUCGCCCGGAUACACCAACAUUUCGGCAGAUGCAGUGCAGUGAGUUUGACACUGUUCCCUACAAGAAUGAAUUCUACCACUGGUUUCCAGUUUUUAAUCCAGCACGUCCUUGUGAGCUCUACUGCCGACCCAUAGAUGGCCAGUUUUCCGAGAAAAUGCUGGAUGCUGUCACUGAUGGUACCCCUUGCUUUGAAGGCGGCAACAGCAGAAAUGUCUGUAUUAAUGGCAUAUGUAAGAUGGUCGGCUGUGACUAUGAGAUCGAUUCCAACGCCACAGAGGAUCGCUGUGGUGUGUGCCUUGGGGAUGGUUCAGCCUGUCAGACCGUGAAGAAGGUGUUUCAACAGAAAGAAGGAUCUGGUUAUGUUGACAUUGGACUGAUUCCAAAAGGAGCCAGGGACAUACGGGUAAUGGAGGUUGAGGGAGCUGGAAACUUUCUGGCCAUCAGGAGUGAAGACCCUGAAAAAUAUUACCUCAAUGGAGGAUUUAUUAUCCAGUGGAAUGGGAACUACAAGCUGGCAGGGACCGUCUUUCAAUAUGACAGGAAAGGAGACCUGGAGAAACUGAUGGCCACAGGUCCCACCAAUGAGUCAGUGUGGAUCCAGCUUUUAUUCCAGGUGACUAACCCAGGCAUCAAGUAUGAGUACACAAUCCGGAAAGAUGGCCUUGACAAUGACGUGGAAAAGCUGGUGUAUUUCUGGCAGUAUGGCCGCUGGACAGAGUGCAGUGUAACGUGUGGGACGGGUAUACGCCGCCAGACUGCCCAUUGCGUGAAGAAGGGUCGCGGGAUGGUGAAAGCUACGUUCUGUGACCCAGAAACACAACCCAAUGGGAGACAGAAGAAGUGUCGUGAAAAGGAUUGUCCACCCAGGUGGUGGGCAGGGGAGUGGGAAGCAUGUUCGGCGACAUGUGGGCCCCACGGAGAGAAGAAGCGAACAGUGCUGUGCAUCCAGACCAUGGGCUCUGACGAGCAGCAGGCUCUCCCGGCUCAAGACUGCCAGCACCUGCUGAAGCCCAAGACCCUCACCUCCUGCAACAGAGACAUCUUGUGUCCAUCGGACUGGACAGUGGGCAACUGGAGUCAGUGUUCUGUUUCCUGUGGUGGCGGAGUGCGGAUUCGCAGUGUCACGUGUGCCAAGAACCACAAUGAGCCCUGUGACGUGACAAGGAAACCCAAUAGCCGAGCUCUAUGUGGUCUCCAGCAGUGCCCAUCUAGCCGGAGAAUUCUAAAACCCAACAAAGGCACAAUUUCCAAUGGGAAAAAGCUACCAACAACGGACCCCUUCAAGCCCAUCCCUCCAACUACACCUAGUCCUAGGGUGCUGACUACGCCCACAGUGCCUGAGCCUAUGAGCACAAGUGCUCUGACGAUUCACAGCCCUGGUCCUACCACAGCCUCCAAAGAAGGAGACCUGGAUGGGAAACAGUGGCAGAAUAGUUCAACCCAAACUGAACUGGACUCCCAUUAUGUCAUUUCCACUGGAAGUACUUCCCAGCCCAUCCUCAAUUCCUGGUCUUUGAGUACCCAGCCAAAUGAAGAGAAUGUUUCCAGUCCAGACACUGGUCCUAUCUCAGAGGGAGACCUUGUAGUCACAACAGUGAGUGGUUCUGAUUUGUCAACCUCCAGCAAUCCUGUGACAUGGCAGGUGACUCCAUUUUAUAAUCCCUUGACCAAAGAGCCAGAAAUGGAGAUUCACAGUGGCUCAGGGGAAGACCGUGAACAACCUGAGAACAAAGAUGAGAACAACUCUGUGACAUGGACCCAGAUCAGAGUACCUGGAAGUGAUGCUCCAGUGGAAAGAAGUACAGAAAUGCCACUUGGACCUCCACCAACACCUCAUCUUAGAGGGGCAUCCCUGUGGCCACCCUUCAGCACAGUGUCGGAAGGACUGGUGCCCAGCCAAAGGCCCACCACUCUCAAAAAUGGUGCACCCAGAGCUGAGGGGAUGGUCACUGAAAAGCCAGCUAACACUCCACUCCCUCCGGGAGGAGACCACCAGCCAGCAUACUCAGAAAAGCCAGUAAAGCAUCACCCCCAAGAACUUCCAAGCAACAUGAAUCUAACACAGAGUUCCGGACCAGUCCUGACCGAGGAAGACGCAACAAGUCUGAUUGCUGAAGGGUUUUUGCUGAAUGCCUCGGAUUACAAGCAGCUCUCCACGGGCCGCAGCCCUGUGUACUGGACUGUUGGAAACUGGAGCGAGUGCUCCAGAAACUGCAGCGGGGGCUUCCAGAUCCGGGAGAUUCAGUGUGUGGACCGGGACCACCGCAGCCUGAGACCAUUUCACUGCCAGUUCCUGGCUGGCCCUCCUCCUCCACUGAGCAUGAGCUGUAACCUGGAACCCUGCAAGGAGUGGCAGGUGGAGCCUUGGAGCCAGUGUUCCAGGUCAUGUGGAGGCGGAAUUCAGAAGAGAGGAGUGACUUGUCCAGGAGGGCUGUGUGACUGGACGAAAAGGCCCACAUCCAUUGCACCCUGCAAUGGGCACCCUUGCUGUCACUGGGCCACUGGGAACUGGGACCUGUGCACUGCAUCCUGUGGAGGUGGCUUUCAGAAGAGGACUGUCCAUUGUGUUGCCUCAGAGAACAGUAAAACUGAAGACCAGGACCGAUGCCUGUGUGAUCACGAACCCAGACCCCUAGAAUUCCAAAAAUGCAACCAGCAGGCCUGCAGGAAGAAUGCUGAUUUACUUUGCACCAAAGACAAGUUAUCAGCCAGUUUCUGCCAGACACUAAAAGCCAUGAAGAAAUGUUCUGUGCCCACCGUGAGGGCUCAGUGCUGCCUCUCGUGUUCCAAGACACACAUCGCCCACACCCAAAGGCCAAGAAAGCGACAGCCACUCAAAAACCCCAGAGCACCCUAAGUCCAGAAGAAAGCCACCCUCCACCACAGACUGCAGCAGCCUGCUGACCGUGACGUGUUCUAGGCCCAGGGACCACUUCACUGCGGUUUUACUGUGUAUUUCAGGUUCAACUUUGGCUCAUAACUAAACAAAGCCCACUGUUUUUAGCCACAAAACGCCCCUCAUAGGAGACAUGGGACUGUAAUACUCACCGCUCCCUGAUAGGCAGGUGAGGUAUCCAGGAGAAUCGGUCCUUUCGUGAGAUCAGCUCGUGGGAAAGGUGCCAAGGUGGGCAAGUCUGUGAAAUGAUGUCUUUCGUUCCUCCCUUAAAGAUAAAAACAGAGAGACCAGAUUUUUUCCCAGACUACCUCAAGAGUAUCAGGAAACAGAGCCACGCUUAUCCAGGGAACAAAUAACCUUGUUAAUUUACCUUGGUGAAAUCAUCCUUUUUUGUCUCCCUACUUGGGGCAGCUGCUGCUUAAAAUGUCAUGGGAGAGCUUUCAGGAACAUUCUUGUAAUUCAUCCAGGCAGGGGACCGCUUUCUUCACCCCGUGUUCAACUGGGACAGGAAGAGAAAGUGCUGGCUUCAUCCUCAGCUUGUCCCUAAUCCCUAUGGACUCUUCAUCUGGGCUGUUUGGACUCCCAUUCCUUCCUGGAGACACUAGAAGAAGAGGACAUGGGCAGGAACUGUAGGCUUUAGUGAACCUAAGGGAUUUAGGUUAGUUAUACAGAAGACAUUUCUGACUUAAGGAUAAUUUCUAUGAAAAUUCUUAAAAAGCAAAUUAACAGAAAUCAAUUUCUUGCUAGUAUAAGGAAGAGAAGAAUAUGGGCUUUUUGUUCUUCCCACUUCCCUGGCAAAUACCCAUUCCUUUGCAGAAGAGCAAAUGAGUCUUCCUGUGUGGCUUUCCCUUCUCUAGCAGAUUCCCUGCCUGAGUCUUCAGUUCAGGGUGAACGUCUUUUCACCACUAGGGGUUUACACACCCCAACUGCUACGGCCAGGUCCACAGCUGCAACCUGCCCCCACCCACCCUCAGGUUGGAAAAUGGAGCUCUAGAUUAAAAUAUUUCCGAGAACCAGGUAAAUUGUAUUAAGUAUAGAAAAACUUAGUAUAAACUUCUAGUCUCGAGAAAAAAAAAAAUUUUCAAAAGUGAGGUAAAUCCGAUCUAUUCUCUAGCACACCCAAUAGUUACUUUUGAGGAUCUGUUUCCUGGGGUGGGGGUGGAGGACAGGUGAGUCAGGUAGUCCAAAAAAGUGAAAUGAAAGUUAGAAUGCUUAUUCUGGAUGUUUCCAUCACCCGUCAGGAGUCAAAGUAAGCUGUGGUCUCAGAUUCAAGGUGAAUUUCCUGGUUUGUAAGGGGAGGUAUUUAUAUGAACUGAACGUGGAAAAUGAGGGUUGUGGAGCCCCCAGGGGAAGAAGCCCUCAGAAUCAGCUCUUGACAGAGGGGAAGGCAGGAGAGUGGGCUUCACGUAAUGGGCAGCGUGUCUUCAGUCUCACGCACAGGUCCCGUUAACAUUCACCAUGGAGCACAGUAUCCCAUCUCUCCCUUGAAUUAUCUAUCCGUUCAGCAGAAUGGUGCUAUUGAAAAAUGGUGCUAAUAUCUAGUUGGUGGCAGAACACAUAUAAACAUAUAGAUAGAUGUACAAGUGGGCAAGUCCACAUGCAUCUUCUGUUAAAUUUGUAAUGGUGUUGCUGGCCAACGCCAGUUCUAUUGCUUGGAUACCAGAAGCUUAAAUUUUUUAUAUUAUGCGCUUUUUUUUUCAA